AUCAAUAUAUUAUGUUAUCAGCUAUUCUUCGAUAGUAAUAUUUUUUAUUAUUGUACGUAAAUAUGUUUUUUUAGUUGUUUUUCCGUUCGAAAUUGUCCGCGUAAAAUCUAAUUAAUCAAAUUAUUAUUUUAGUUGUUCGUCGUCGUCGUUAUUAUGUCGGCUGACUGACCGUUUCGCGCGUGUGCGCCAAUGACCGAUUAUUGGCGGUCAAGUGUAUGAGGUGAAAAGCCAUGGACAGUGCGUCUGGUGGUGGCGGCCGCGUCAAUAAAUUCGGCAUGGGUUACUCGUCGAACAAACGCCGGCAUGCUAUAUUUUCCAAGAGGAAAAUUGUCAUCAUGAAGAAGGUUAGUGUAAAAUUAUCAUGAUAAUUUAACACUAAAUUUACACAGCUGUGUAGUCAUUUUACCAAAAAUGUGUACUUCUUGGUAAUAUAAAAAUCAGAAUAAAUAUACAUUUUGAUUAAGUAGGUACCUAUGUAUUAAAUAUAAUUUGUUCUGUUAUCUUACAAAUGGCAUUAAAAAAUUACUAGUGAGAAUAUUUUGAGUGGGCUAGGCAGUUAUAAUUUAAAUGGUUUUUUGUUUUUUUUAACUGUAUUAUUAGUUCACUAUAAAACUAUACCGUAUUGCAAAUAAAAUAAUAUAUUUAGUAGUAUAAAUGAAUAGGUAUAACCUAUAAUUUUACACAAUAUUAUAACAUAUCAAUAGGUAAUUAAAAGUAUCCCAUAUUAUCUUUUCUCACACUUUCUGAUACAUCAAAAUAUGUUUUAUAUAAUUCAAACCUAUUGAACAGAUAGUACAUUUUUUUAAACAAUCUAUCAACAUUAUUUGUUAAUUUUUCAAAAUAUUUAUUUACCUACCAAUGAAUUUUGAAGAAAAUGUUUUUAAUUAACUAAUACAAUUUAUAUUUACUCACAUAAUAAUAUGCAAAAUGACAUUUUAACAAGAUGUAUUGUAUAACUAUUUUCAGACCUCCCUCUGGGUGAAAUAUUAUGCUAAACAGACCCCUUAAAGUUGUUGGUUAUACUUAAAAAAAAAAAAAGAUCUUCUGUAUUAAACAGUUAAAAAUAUUAAAACAGAUGCCUUAUAAAUUAGUUGAUACAUUUUAUAUUCUGAGUGGAACUAAGAAGCGUGUGGUUUUACAAAGAUGUUUAUUUAUAUUGUUAUUUUUUUAGCACCUUUUCUGAAAGAAAAUCGGUGUGGGGAGGUACCUGAUAGAAGUCGUUUUUCUAUUUUACCCGGAGUUUUCUCAGCAAAUGUGAAAAACGUAGGAAAACUAAGUAAAUCGGUACAACGUUAAACAAAUAUUAUUAAAGUAAAUAUACAAUACAUAUUUAAUUUGUUUACUAUAACAUGGCAUAUAUAUAUAUAUUUACUCCGCACAGAAUCGUUUUUUCGUAAGCAAUUUUUUAUCGUUGCUCACUGAUAUACAUUAAAUUACCUAUAACAGUGGAUGCACUCGGUCCCCAUUAUCCUAGGACGUCCUUUUUUUUUCUGUGGACAACAUUUCUACUAGCAAUUUUUCUAAAAUGAAAUUUCACUGGGGAGGUACUUUAGAGAAUACUACUGGCCAUCUCAAUUCCGAUAUCUGAUACCACAACUACCAGCCUUACUACCAAUGAAGUUUUAUUAUCACAACCGAAUGCCACAACAGUUGAGGGAAAGAAAAAGUAGCCAGGUAGGGGCACUAUUAAAGAUAGUAUGGUUGCGUGACGAUAAAUGAAAGUAGUGACAGGCACUAUCGAAUGGUAUAUAUCAUCGAUAGUUUUCGAUAGUUUGGAUGAAUUAUCGAAUAGUUUUUACUUUUUAAUUUUUCCCCGAUAUUAAAAAAAUAUUUUUGUUUAAAAUAAUACAAUUCAAAUUAGUGUUAUGGUCGAUAAGUAAAUAAUUAUACAAAAUACUACCUGCAGUUAAUUAUACAAACUACAAAAGAUACAUGGUUUGGUGACUUUUGUAUAUAAGCCAACACUCAGCUGUCCCUAUUUACCUAAAUAUACGAUUUUUUGGCCCACUUUUAGAAAAAGGUCGUCGCUCAAUUCUGCAUAAUUUUUUUUUAUUAAUACUGCAUAUUUCAUAUCGUUUAAUGCAGCACACAUUUUGUCUUUUGUUAACCAGUUACUGGUUCGUCUCCGAAUCGUUUAUGUUUGGUAAUGUGGGGUAAAUAUAUUACAAAACUCAAAAUAUUACUAUAAAGUAAAUUAUUAAUUGUUUAUUUAUUAAAUAGGUGAUUUCACUUAAUUUAAAAGUUGUAUAAAUAAAAAAAUAAAUUGUAAAAUGUUUUACAAAAAAAAUCGGUUAAAUGUGUAGGAAUAUAUUUUUAAAAAAAUUCUAACAUCCAAAGUCAAGUGCAAUGUAGAUUGUGUAAAACAUUGGUAGGUAUUCAAAUAACACGUUAAAUUAAUAUAUUUAGGUAUAUUGGAACUGUUGAGUAUCGGCUUAUAUACAGUCACCAAACCAUUUGUCUUUUGUAUAGCCAACUGUAGGUAUAGUAUUUCGUAGAACUAUUAAUAUCGUGGAAAAAUACCGAAAUGAAAAUUAUUUGAAUAAUUUUUCCUGUGACCGAAUAAAAACUAUUCUAAUAGAUUUCUAUUGCGCCCAUAACUACUUAAUAGACGACUACGGAAGUGCUUACGGUGAAUAUGAUUGCAAAGUUUUGUUUUUCAGCGUAAGAUUUAAGCGAACACUUUUUAAAUUUACUUUUUGUUCUUUGAUCGGAGUCUCUCGCUGCAUUAUUAAGACAUGAAUCAAAGACAUGAUCGUGGUCAUAACCGAAUAAAUUUUUUUGUGAAUUCGUUAACCACCAGAAAUCGCAACCAUGUAAUCAGUUGAUGGUAAACACUUUCAUUGACAGGUCCGGAUUAAGGGGGGUAUGGCCCUAGGCCCGCUCCUGCAUAUCAUAAUAUUGUGGACCCCUGGCUUUGGCGAGUAGUACGUUUCCUAUAAUAUAUUAUGGAUAAUGGAUAUAUUAUUAUAAUUAUUAUUUUUGUUAACGAAAUAUCGUCUAUCGCAGGAUGAUCUUGGUAAGGAAAUGGGAAUAGGUACCGUCGAUUACAAAUAUAUGACGAUCUCUGAAAUAUAUUUAUUUGUGAGACAUUAAUAUUUUGAUUAUGUUUAUGGGCUUUUAAAAUUGUGUGGCCCUAGGCCCAAAAUCAUCUUAAUCCGGCUUGUUCAUUGCCAUAUAUUCUGCAGGUUGUCAUACAUCGUCACGCAAUCAUACUAUCUUUAAUUAUGGAUAGAGGUUAUUCGGUUUUUCAAUGAAGGGGUGGAUACUUAGAUGAAGAAAUGGUGAUGGAUAUGCUUUGCUAUGGAUUCAGAGAGAGUAAUAUUUUAAAUGAGAACGAGAGGAUCUCAAAUCAAGGUGACAUGAAAGCAUAAGAGCAAUGCAUUUAGCUUUAUAACAAUUUAAAAUAUGUCCUUAACCAAUAAUAAUUUUUAUAUAAAACUAUUUUCUUUAAUAUAUUGUAAUUUUACCUUUCAGGCAUACGAGCUGUCGACAUUGGGGGGAACGCAAGUAAUGCUGUUGAUUGUAUCUGAGACGGGCAACGUGUCUACUUUUGCCACACAAAAGUUACAGCCGAUAAUUACUUCAGAAGAGGGAAAAGCGCUCAUACAGAUGUGUCUAAACUCACCAGACUCUUGUCCGUCGUUGUCUGACAACUCCGGGGACCCGUUGUCAGCCACCGGAUUUGAGGAGACCGACAACAUCGAUGUCUAUCACGAUUCCAAAGUAAGACAGUUUGUGUUAUGCCUAAUAGAGUCCACCAUCCGCAUUAUAAACAUCUUUCUUAACACAUCAUUGUCAUGUCCCCGCCAACUCAUCUCAUACCUUCGUAAUUUAUAAUGUUAAAUAGAUGUACCAUUAAAACCUAAAAUAAAAACUGAAGAGUGUGAAGAAAACGACUAACGAAGAUCAUAGUUAUAAAUUGUGAUUUCCCUUUAUUCCACCCCAGGUGAACUGGCGUUUGCGAUUUAGCAGUCAUGUGAGUAUAGGGUAAGACCAUCCGGAAAGUAUCUAUUUGUCUGGAUCAUAUAAUCCCGGCAAACAUUCUAAAAGUCUUAUUUCUCCGGACGAAAAGGAUAAUAACUGUACUAAUCCGAAUUGUAUAUUUUUAUGAAAUUCACCCAUACAGUUGAUACUAAUUUAGGUAAUUUAAAACAUUAUUAAUUUGUUUAUAUUAUUUAUUUAUUUUUUCAAUUUUAAGUAUGUUCACAAAAUAAUCAGCUUUACUAUUUUUACUCAAAGUAUAAAUUUGAGUAUUUGAUUUUGGUAAAAUUAAGUGAAACUAUUUGAAAUAUUUUAUUUAGUUAUUGCAGGUCGACCAUGAUAAACGUUUCUUAUAAUUUUUCGAUCAACUACCCUUCAACACAAAAUAGAUUGAUUUUAAAUUUUGUCUAUGAUAUUUUACAGGUUGUUUUAAACUUUACAUGAAUUACUUAUUUUUUUAAUAAAUGACUUAUUUAAAACCUUUUUAUAAGCAUAUAUUCUACAACUUUAUGGUGUCUUUACUUUUGGGAGUGAAUCGUCUACCUAUUUUUUGGUUUUAAAAUAGUUACCGACAAUACAAAUGCCUUAAAUAGCCGGAAUAUUAGUUUAAUUUUAAUUCGGUGUUGAUAUUUUUGAUUUCUGUCAACCCUUUAACGAGAUAUUAUACUUUAAAGUUUGGGUAAGAGGAGAGUAGUGAAGGAUUAUUCAAACGUUGUGAACUGUGCUACCAUAUAAACGAUGUUUCACCAUUUUCCCUUUAUCCAAACCUAAAAGUGAACUAUCUCAUCAACGGGUUGACGGAAAUCAAAAAUGCUAAAACCAAAAUGUAAUUAAAUUAAUAUUUUGUAUAUUUAUUGAAUUUAUAAUAUAAGUUCCUAUUUCAAAGUAUAGGUUACCGUUUCAAAUCAAAAAAAAAUAAGGGUAACAAAAACAAGGGCAACGUAACACUUUAGAAUAUAUAAUUCCAAAAAGUUUUUAUUUAAGACAUCUUUUGUUACCUAUAGUUAGUUGAUAAUAAUAUGUUCUAUGUACAGUAAAAUUUACUUUUUAAAAAUGGUUACGUGGUCAUACUGAUUUCUUAUAAAUAAGUGAUAAUUUUAAUUUUUUUUUACCACGACUGUGUUUUCAUGUUUAUCUAAUCAAAAUUACACACAAUCAUAACAAUAACAUUUCAAUAUUCAAUCAAUCUACAGACAUUAGCUUUGUCUCUAAACUAAAUUGAAUGAUCAAUGAAUCAUAUUUUGUUUAACUUAUUAAUCAUUUUCUUUCCGGUUUUUUAAAUGUUCAUUUGCUAUAAAAUCAACAACUAUAAUAUGUGAUUUAUUAAAACCUUUCUAUUAAUACCAGUAUAUAUGUAAUGUAAGUAUGUGAAUUAUAAUAAUAUUGGUUCUAUUCUUUGGUAAAUACUAUAUAGGUCAAAACUUAAAAAUUUAGUAAGUUAGUUGUAUGGUAUAUGAUUUGUAUAUCUUUUUAUUGUUACUAGGUAUCUUAUUUGUGUGAAUAAUGAAUUGUUUUUUAUAGUGAUUGUUUAUGAUUUUUUUUAGAUAACAUGCUUCAUAAUAUUGUUUGUGAUAAAAGUACUAGACUCAAUAAUUUUCAUCUGAAAUUUGCAUAUUAAAAAUUAUAAAUAUUUAUACAAAUUUAUUAUGUUUUCUUUUACUUUAAAUAUCUGUUAGAUAAAAAUAUUUAAAAUUAUCAAUAAUUUGAUUGUCCAAAGAAAUACUGUAGCUUUCAGUCAUAAAUAUUAUUUCCUUUAAUUUGUUUUUUUUUUUAUGUAUGAUUAGUUAUUUAAAAUAGGUAGUUCUUAUUAAUCAUUUAGUUUUGUAGCCCAUUGCAUAUGCAAUUCCUAUUUGUAAUUAUAUUUAUUGUUUAGUUUAGGUCAAAUCAUAUACUACUGUGUUUUACAUAUUGUUUUAGUUAUACAUAUUGUUUUAGCUUGUAUCACUAUUAAUAAUUGUUAAUUUUACUAUGUAUCCAACCUUUUAUAAUGUGUCUUUGAUUUGCCAUUUGGCGUUAAAUAAAUAAAUUAAUAAAUUAAUGUACACUAUUAGUACCUUAAAUAGUAUUUUCAGAAGAAAUAAAUGUUUUCUAAAUAUAAGUAUAUUUCUUGAGAAUUAUAUUUGUACGCUAGUAACAUUGUCAAUAAUAUUUCCUUUAAAAUGUCUAUCAAUUGCUCUUUGUACUUAUAAUUUCGAAUGUUUCAUUAUUUUUAAUUUUAUAGGAGACUAUAGCUGAACAAAAUUAAUAAAAAUAUGAAAACCAAAAAGAUUUAAUCUUUAAAUGUGAUAAGUAAACAUACUUUUCAAUUAUAAAAAUAUUACUUAUGAUCAUUUUUCUUAUUACUAUUAUAUUAUGUACACUAUCUUACUAAGUGCCCAAUAAAAUAAUAAUAUACUCAAAUAUGGUCAACUGAGUAAUUCCUAUCAAUAAAUUAUUAAUACUUUAAUACUAUUUUAUUUGUUUGUGUUUUUUGUACUAUCACUUAAUUUCAUACUAAUAUAAAAUGUAAAUUUUCAAUACAAAUACCACCACUAUACUAUCUAGUUAAUAAUAUACAAAAUGCCAUUUUCAUUUAACCCAUCAAAUUAAUUAUUAUGUUAACUAUUAAAACAAAUUUAAACAUUAUUUUGUUUUUACUUGUAAUAGACUUAGAGAAAAUGAAAAUAAAUUGCAUAAACUCAAAAUGAUAAUGAUGUUUUUAAAAAAAAAAUUCAAAAUAUUAGUUUGGUUUUCAAAAAAUAUACUGGAGUAGUGAUUUAUUAAAGUAUACAAUGGUAGUAAAUGGUUUAAUAUAUUUAAUACCAAUGUAUUAUUUCCACUUCUUGAUUUUAAAUUAACAUAGUUUUCCAAUUACCCUCAACCCUACAGACAAACCUAAUCUACUUUGUAAUUAAUAAAAUAACUAAUAAGUGAAUGAAAAAUAGUUUUAACUAAAUGUAAUACAAUUUUGUUUUAUGAGUUAAGAACAACAUACAGGUAUAUAUAUAUAUAUAUAUAUAUAUAUAUAUAUAUUUUAAAUUAAUUAUUUUUGAUGAGUCAAAUAAUGUGAUCGGUUGUAUUUAACAAGUAGUAAUUUCUAUUUUUAUUAAAUUAAUUACAAUAAUUAUGUAUUAUUUUUACUUUUUCAGAUAUUACAUAAAAGAAAAAAAAACAUGGCUCAAGUUACUACAAACACAGUAGAAACUAUCACCAUUACCAGACCUUUAAAAGUAAGUAGUUGUCAUUAAUUAUAGAUGUUAAUUUGGGGUUAUUCAAUUGUUGUUUUAUUAAUUGUAAUAAUCAUUCCACCAGUGGUUCUCAAACUUUUUUGUGAAGAUAAAAGACAAUAUGUAUAUUUGUAGAAUUUUACUCUGUGAUUACUAAGUAAAUUUUGAUAUUCAUCAAAACACCAAAUUCAAAGCUAAAUUGAUAAAUUAAUUUCUUAUCAUAAUUAAUUAUUAAUUGGUUUGCACGUAUUAUAUCGGUUGUUAAAUUUUAGUAAUUAACUAAAUAUGUAAUUCAUAUUUGAUCUUUCACGAUAUUGAAUAUUCGUCCAUAAUUAAAGUAAUUAAAGUAAGUAGCCAGUUGUGUUGUUAUUUUAGUCAAUAAAAGUCCCUAAUAAUGAAAUUGUUAUAUUUUAAAAUAACGCAACAUAUUCAUCCUUUUGUUUGUUAUUUUACAUAUAAAUUUUUAUUUAUAUAUUCAUUUGCUAUAUUUGUCAUAUUGUAUUUAUUGUUUGAUUGAAUUAUUGAUGUGUAGAUACUUAUACAAUUUUAUCAAUAAUAAUAAUCAUGCUUAACUUAAGUAUAGUUAGGUAUUAUAAAAUAUGACAAAUAAUUAUAAAAAAAGCUGUCCUAGGAUAAUGUAGACGGGUGCAGCCACUGUUGUAGGUGGAAAGUUGGUUAGGCAGUAUAAAGACGGGAAUUUAAUGUAUCUGUUAACAACGAUUAACCAUUACUUACGAAAAAACGAUUCUCAGAAUUCAGUUGAUUGUGUCGCUCUGUCAACUAUAUAUUUGUUAUACAUGGGUAAAAUAAUUUCAUAUGCAUUAAACAUGCAUUUGUUUAAAAUUAUAUCUAUUUUCCCGGUCUCUUGGUUUUCCUAAUUUAUUGGGAAAAUCAAACAAAUACCUCCCCAGUCAGAUUUUAUUUCAGAAAAAAUACUAUCAUUGUAAUUCGGAGUAAAACUGUUGGUAGAAAUAUUGACUACAGAAAAAAAAAUAUUGUAAAACCAUAAGCUUCUUCGUUCCACUCAGAAUUUAAAACUAUAAAUAAUUGAUAUAUAUAAAUAUUUUAUGAAUCUCUUUUUAGAAUUAGGUAGAAUAUAUAGGUUAAUUUAAUUUAUAUCUGUAUACAACAAUAAAUCUUUGCAAAUUAAAAUUUUUAUUAUUGUGCUAUUAAAAAGUAAAUGACAUUUGUCCCGGGUUUUCGGAUCAAAAUUGUUGAGAAUUCUCAUGGAACUAAAAAAGGUUUAAUCAAUAUGAAUCGAAAACAGUACUUGAAAUACUAAGAUGUUUACAAAUUUGAAUACAGAUUUUGGAUAUUUGUACAGUAUCUUAUCAAUUCAAGGUUAACCGUAUCAAAUGUUUGAUAGUUUUCGAGAAGCCAAACAAUUAAGAAUUUAUUCUAAAACAACAGAAAGUGAUGUAUUGUUGUGUCGAUAAUGUCGGCGUUAUUUGCCGACUACCGACGAAAGUGUAAGGAAAGUAAAAAAAAAAAAAAAAAAAAAAAAAAAAUUUUUUCCCCUAUUUCCCCAACGCAUCCACCACCGGACAAGAUUCGCCACCGAGAAACCACCGGCGAAGAAUACGAUUCAUUCUAUUCGAAAAAAAAUUAAACAAAUCGAACGUCGCGUUUUUGGACGAGAUGCGAGCAAAACGUGCAUCGCGACGGGUGUGCCGUAAAUACGGAGCUUUCGUUCGGCCGGCAGUUGAUGUGAUGCGACAUCAGCUUCAGUGACAAACGCGUGCGUAUUGCCGGGAUUAUAUCGCCGACGCGCCUCGCCGCGUUACCUACUCGGGCCGAAACGACGGCGACAGAAAAACGGUGCCCGCAAGGCAUUGGUUGCCGUCUCCGCGGCACGGGCUCUACUGACCGCGCGAAAAGCGACGGGAGACCGCGCGCUCGUGUAUUUCGCGUGAAAAUAAUAUCGCAAUAAUUAUUGCCCCGCCGAUUUUAUACUGACUUUGGACUCGACGUCGUAUUGCCGUAGUUGUUGCCCCGGCCGUUCGCGCUCUAGAAACCGUGUAACGAUGUCUCCCCGUCGUCGUUUGCGGUGCACCGGCGUCGUCGGCUCUUCCGUAGGUCUGCGGCUCGUGACGCGUUUAACGCGCGACAAUAGAAAUUUCGAAAUAAUUAAUAAAAACCCCAACGGAGAAAAACAAAAAAAAAAAAAAAACAACUCCCUUCGCGAAAUUUGAGGACCCGUCUCCGCGAACUUUUCCAACGGAGUCUCGCGCCUGCACUGAUGAUAGGUGGGCCGACCCGGGCGUGCGUGGUGACCGAUGGUACACAGGGUGUAUCCGCGGAACGACGAGAGCGUUGCGCGCACGGAAUACUUUGGACCCCGGGGGGUAAAUACGUGUCGCCGUAACGUUCAUCUCCGCUGGUGUACAGCGAAUUAUGUAGGGCACGACUGUCCGGCGGGGGCGGGUAAGGGGUGCGCGGGGCAACGCUACGCUUCCGUGUACCGGCGCGUUGCGGCGACGCGCAGGGACGACGUCCCAUCGAUCGCGGCGAAAAUGGCUUCUCGCGACGCCGAGCUGCUGCGGGGCAGGAAGGGUGGACUUUUGGAGCAUGCGCCCCGAUCCGUAAUCCAAGACGGCGGCGUGCGUGCGUGCGUGCGCGGUUGAGUUUUUGUGUUUAUUCUCGCGAGUGUGUUUUAUUGACCUUCCGGCGAGUUGGAAAUUGCCAAAACCGUACCGAAAUUUCCGUGUUCCUGUGCACGCGCGUACACCCAGCCGAAUAUCGUCGCCGUUUUCCAAAUAACCAUUCGUCAUUUUUCGCGCGAAAACACGCGAGACAAUCUGCACGCGCCGACAAUCAAUUGCGCAAAACCGCUCGUAAGGGCCCCGCACAAACGUCGUAUCGUAUUGCAUAGUGCGUAUCCACGUACCCGACUACCCGUAUAGACCACGUAGGGCGAUUCGCCCUGCAGAACAGCGACAAAGACGGGCGCGGGACACGGCUGCAAGGUGAUCCAGUCGCGGACGACCGUGGAUACUGCGUGGCACCGGCGCCAGGAUCUGUCGCUACAUCCGGCGACAGCGACGGCUGCUGAAACGGAGGACUGGCACGGCAGGUCAAUGCAGUCUGACAAGGGGUCCAGUGCUCAGGUUAGGAACGACGGAACCUGGUGCGACCGCUGCUGCUUUAACUGUCCACCGCUGCUACUCCGAGGCGCAUUAUAUGAAUUUCGUUGCGGUUUAAUUGCACCAUAAUAUCCCAUUACAUCGUCCCAAUAAAAUUAAUAUUAUUAUUUUUUUUUUUUUCUGCCUUAUGUAGCGUUAAAAAUUUGUAUACACAUUACACGUAUAAUAGAGUUGCCCAAAUUCGUGGAGUCUACUGCACACAUUUGGCAUUUCUUAUUAUGUAAUGACAAUCCAAAUUGGCUUUUUUUUUCUUUUUUAUGAAGUGUUUGUAUCCGUAAUUUUAUUGAUUUUCCCUGAUGUAAACAAACACUAUUUUAAGAUAUGGAACAGAGGAGAACCAAUAGGCCUGGCGAAACUUUUAAGUAUCUCGAUAAAUAAUAAAAUAUUAAAGUAAAAACAAAAUUAUUAAAUGGUUAAUACUCGUAAAUAAAUAAAUGAAUGCGUCGCCUGGAGUAUUAUGAUAUUUGUAUUGUUCGAAUUAAAGAAUUCAUCGCCAAGUAAAAUUACAAAGUCAAAAUGUAAAACACGACAGAAUAUGAACAAAUAAUGAAUUACUUGGUUAUUAUUUAUUAUCUGAAAUGUAUUGACAUAAGAUGUUAUUUUACCUAAUAAACGAGAUAAUAACCAAAGAAUUUGUAUUUCUUAACAUAUUUAUGUCUAAUAUUAAACUCAUUUUUUUAUAAUAUCUCCUAUUAAAAUUAAUUAUUUCCAUGUAAAACGACCAAUUUGUAUAAUUGUUCUCUACGUAUUCCUUCAAUUAUUUUUUCGUAUUCAGUUGAGUUUUACUUUUUGACCUUGUGAUUUUACCUGACAAUGAAUUUUUAAUUCAAAACCGGUCGUACAAUACACAUAUCAUAAUACUCCUGGCAUUCAUUUAUCUUUUUAUUUAUAUAUCUACUCAAUAAAUACCUCAAAUUUUUUUGUUUUAAAAUUAGUGCCCCAGAAUGGAGAUUAUAGCAAAAACAUGUUAACUUGUUAGUACUUAUGCUGUUUAAAGUAUUUAAUUUAUUAAGAUUUAAAAUGACAAAUUGUUAGAAAUUACCUAGUAUUCAAUCAAAUCAAAUUUGAAUAAAGUAUAUACAUUUUCGGACAUCAAUAUAAACCAAUAGGAUUCUAUGUUACAAAAAUUCUGUUACGCAAUCAUAACAUUCUUGGUAGUAUAAAUUGAACCGUUUAAGAAAGACAAUUAUUAAUAUAAAGUAUUUUUAAUUUUAAAUAGUUUUUAAAAUGAUGUUUUGUCAUAUUUAUCAAACUAAUGUAAACAAUUUUUUUAUUCUAUUAUGACUUAUGAGUUAGGACAUAACCAUUAUCAUAUUAAUAUUUAAUUUGUAUAGUUUAGAAACCAAUAGUAGAUUCAUAAAUUCAUAUUUCUGUAUACUACCUAAACCCUACCACCAACAAUAAAUCAUAUUUUAGUAUACAGAAGUAGGUAUAAUUGUCUAAAAUGUCCAAAAUAAAACAAAAUCUGUAAACAAAUAAACUUAUUAAUAAAAAAAAUAUAUAUUUUCUGAUUUAUCGCUAUAGCGAGAGUAUGUUUUGUUAUUACUAAAUUUUUCAAAAUAGCACGGCUGUUUGAUUUUUAAUAUUUAUAAUAAAUAUUAUGGGUUUCAAAAGAUUGAUAUUUGUAAUAAUGUGUUGUAUUAGUCAUUAAAUUAUUAAACACAUAAAUCAUUUGUUUUGUUAGUUUUAGAAAGUAAUAUAAUAUUAAUUAUUAUUAAUUAAUUAUUAUUAUGUUACGUUUUGAUAGGUGAUUGCUUUGAUAUGUGGCCUGAUUGUAAUUGUAUUAAUGUUGAUGACGUUGACAUCCACUGAUUGGCUAUUGUCAGCUGGCUGGCGACAAGGUUUAUUUUCACACUGCAUUGCACUCCAUGCACCCACACCAUUGCCAUUCAAUGUACCCAAUAACGGUCCAGAUUGUUAUCCUACCCGUGAAGUUGGUAUGUUUCUGAUUUUGAUAAUUUUGUUGAAUCUAUUAUUUAUAAAAACUAAUUGUUCAUGUUUACUUAGGAUACAUAAGAGUGGCUGCAGCAUUAUGUAUAGUCACAUUAGUUACAGACAUUGUAGCUACUCUAUUGACAGGUCUUGGCUUAAGAAGCAAAGAUCAGCGAACCAAAUACAAGUUCUAUAGAGUAGCUGUUUACGUUAUGCUACUUUCAUGUAUGUAUUAUAAUUUAAAAAGGAAUCUAAUUGUUCUGUAUUGUUAUUAUUAAUUGUUGUUUUAUUUGCAGUACUGUCUUUGUUGAUAGCAUUAAUUGUAUACCCAGUGUGUUUUGCUGCUGAAUUAAAUUUGGGUAAAUAUUAUGCUGUACAUAUUUUAAAAUAACUAUUAACUUUCUUUUUAUAUAUACAUUUGUUGAUUUUUUCAGGGAAUCGCACAGUGUGGGAGUUUGGAUGGGCGUAUGGUGUAGGAUGGGGUGCCGGAAUAUUUUUGUUCGGUGCUGUUGUUCUUCUGCUGUGUAACAAAGAAUCCGAAGAGAUCUACUAUAAAGAGCGAAAAGUGACAUCGUCCGCCUAGUGUGCGGCGCCCCUGCCCGACGUAGUACUUUAGUGACCUUCUGCCGUUGGUCAGGCGACGGGCAGGGUGUUCUUAUUGUUUUAAUAAUAAGACAGUCGUUACUAUAAAUUUACUAACAAACACGUCAAAUGUGUCAAUAACAAUGUACAUCAUAUGAUUAUUGACAGAAAUUAACUAUUCUGGUGGGGGAAUAUUUGCUUAGUGCACACACUCAAAAUAAAAUAUAAGAUAAUAUUUUUUCGGUAAUGAUAAAUCAAAUUAGGAUUAGAUUUUUUACUAUAGUUAAAUUAUACAUAUUUUUUCCAUGUUUUAACCUUGGUAACUUGUGGUUUGUGUUUAUCAAGGGACAGGUUAAGAUAGAAUUUUAUAAUAAUUAAUAAUUAUGGACAUUUGUGAUCAUGUUAGUCGGUGUUGCUAUUUAUAUUCUAAAUGACCGAGUAUCAUUAUUGUAUAAAAUAUAUUACAUAAAUUAUUUUAAUUAAUUAAAUAAGAAAAAAAAAAUACUGCAUUGUUUCAAAUUAACAAUAGCUAAAAACAUUACAAUAUUCUUUGAAAUUGAUGUAAUAUGAAAAUUUGUUCUUUUUGAAUUUCAUCAUAAUUAUAUUUGCGAAUAUACUAUAAACAAUAUCAAAUUAUUUAUAUAUAUUAAACAAAACAAUUUCUGUGAAGUACAAGUUCUUUUUUAAAUGCAAUUUCCGUUUAAAUGGUGUAACAUGUUCAUAUCUAAUAAUAUUACCUAUCUUAUUGAAAUAGGUAGUAUAAUUUAGGUAUAGUAAAUUUGAAUGUAUAUAUAUAUAUAAAAUUUUGUGUAUCAUGUAUUAUAAUAUUUGGGCUUGUGUUUUACACAAGUAGUAGCCAAAGAAAUUUGUUGCCGCCAAAGAAAAACAUAAAUAAUUUAAAACUUCUUGAUGUAAUAUUAUCAUUCCUAUAUACAUAAUAUGUUUUCUAUAUUUUGUUGAUUGUAUAUAGUACGUUUUCACCUUAUCCUUGUUAAAGACUAUCCCGUUAUAUAUAUUUAUCAGUGUUUAUUUUUCAGUUGAUUUUUUUAUACAGAGCAUUUUAUUAAUAUAUAUUGUAUUCUUGUUCUCCCAUAGUAUUAAUUUAAUAAUUAUUAAUGACAAACUAUAUAGAUUUUAUAUUAGUGUAUGUACUACAAUUAUCGCAUGUGUACGAGAAAUGAUAUAUUAUAAUAUCUAAUUAUAUUGAUAUAAUAUUAUAUUAUUAUUUUAUUUUUAUUUUUUACUAUUUUUUAACUAUAUACAUUAAGGACCUUUGUUAAAACUACAUAUCUUUGAAAUGAGCUGUUUUUUUUAUAGCGCUCCUAAUUAUUUAUUUAACCCUACGAUUAACAAAUCAGCCGUCCAUAUUAUUUCUUUAUCUUUCAAAAUGAUUAUAUUUUUACGUUAAUGCACAAUUUGUUGAAAUUAAUUAGAUUUAGUUUUGUUAAUGAAUAAUAAUGAUUAAAGCAUAAUAUUUGUUUUACUACUUCAUUAAAUUAGCUCUCUAAUAAUUUCUUUAAUAAUUAUAUCUUUGGAAAUGUCUUUCUCUCGCUGUAUACACACACUUACAUUUUUUUCUUCCAAUUAAUUUUGUAAAUAAAUAAUAUAUCAUAUAUUAUAUUAUAUCAAACUACAAAUUAUUAUUAACACUAUUGUUUCUUUUUAUACCUUUAAUUGUUUUAGUAUCUAUUUCCUGUUGUUUUAUUUAUGUGUUAUAAAAUGAUAUAAUAUUAUACUAAUGUUCCCUUGUGAAUAAUAUAAUUUAUAAAUUAUCAUAUUUGUAUUUAACUGAAUUUUUAUUUUAAUAUUAAUUUAAAGAUGGUAUCGGUAAGUUUAAAAAAGAUAAACAAAUCUAUAAACUAAUGUUUAACAGCUGAACCAUUAAAUGAAUAGAACCAGUUAAAUAAGUGGGUUUGAGUGA